AUGGACUGCUCAACAGAGUCGGAGACUGAUACGGUUUCUUCUGGUAUAAUGAAUGACAAUCUGGGCUGCCAUAAUGCGGUCUUAGAUUCUGUUGUCGAAGGCGCACACACAAAAGAAAAUCUAGAAACCGCACGAUUCGUCGAUAUAUUCGUUGACACCGACACCAAAGGAACAUUUGCUGCUAAUGAUACGAAUAAUAUCAGCGCUUCUGACGCGGAUGGCAUAGAGCCAAACAGCAGCGUCAUGCCGACGCCAGUACUGGAUUCCAAGAAGCUCACGUUCUCCGAUAGGGUCUUACACGAGGCUAAGAAACUGAGGCAGCGUCUGAAGCGUACAGUGAGUGCAGAUGCAGAACAGGUAACGCGCGGGGUUGAUAGAACCAAUAUUGCAACCAAUCGCCGUGCUGUUACCGAUAGCCAUCUAUCUCCAUACACCAGCUUGAGUGCCACACAGGCAGCUUCACCUUAUCAUUCUGAACCUACCAGGUACGAGGAUGGACCAUCUGUGCCAACGGGUGGUAGCGCUGGACUGCGCAUGCGCUCGAAUAUCCAAAUAAUGGAAUGGUUCAGGAAUAGAUUUAAUGCUAUAGACUCUGCAUAUGCUGAACGUGCAAUUGCGCUAGGGGAGUUGGAAAGAUGCACCAUAUCCGUCAACAAUCGCACGGAGCCAACUCAGGCUCCUUCAACGGAUAUAUUGGAGGAAUUGGAACGACUUAAACAAGAAAACGAUCGCCUCAAUCUCGUCGAAGAGACGCAGUCGCAGCUUAAACAGCAACUGUCUGAAGCACUGGCAAAUGUAGAGGAACUAGAAAACUCUCUAACAAUUGAACGUAAACACAACGAAGAAAAUCUCAAGGAUAAAAUGUUGCUCCAACAACGAAUCGCAAAUUACGCAGAUGAAAAUAAAAGUCUUAACGAAUCGAUAGAUAUACUCAAAAAUAUGCACAGUAGCGAAGUGGAGGAACACGAAAAGAGGAAAGCAGAACUUCUCGCGAAGGUUGCUCAAUUACAAAUGGAUAUAACGCACAUUAACGACAACUUGUUCUCUUGUUACAAAGUAGUAGAAGCGCAGAAGACGGAACAUGCCUAUCUCAAAAGGGAAAACGAUGAGCUUAAAGAGGAACUUAAAAGGCUCAGACGUGACCUCAGACAAAUGUACGAAACUAACUCCAGCUUGAAAUCGCAAAAUCUAUCGCUUAUUGAAAUCAACAGUAGAAUCAGGACAAAGACUUUGUUUAAAACUGAUACCGCUGAAACAUGCAGUACGCGGGUAUCAUCCGUUUCAAAGACCCCCGGCGUGGCCAGGGAUGAUUUUGCCUUCUUCCAUGUUUUCAACGACACGCCGUCAGCCGUACGCGAGUGUCCCAAUAUGGACUCGGGCGGAAAAGAUGCGGAUAAAAAUGAACUCAAUAGUGCACAUAACAUUGAUACCAUGCGCAGCGUGGAUACAUUUGCCUCGAGCAGUAGCGUGAUCAAACGCACAGUUACAGACGAAUACGGGCCCAAUAGGAUAUACAACCCUAAAAAUAUUUUCGGUGAUGAAGAAACUCAAUCUUUUAAAGUGAAUGGAGAAGGCAUGGGGACGGCGUUUGUUGAACACAGCGAUACGCCAGAAGGUGCCAAUCAACACGACGAUAUGAGUUGUACGGUCGCCUACAACAACACAGAACGAUAUGUAAGUAGCGAUGCAAGCUCCAGGGGCACCUAUAGGGUAGACCAUUCGACCGUUUACAGCGCAGGCAAUUCCACGCCCUAUUGCGUUGAAUCGCUCGACGGCAGGAGCUUGACCAUUGAUGCCUUAUCAGAAGGGUCUAUCACAGUUAAAAACAAGAGCUGGCUGAUCGAAAGGGUGUCAAGGGUAUCAAACAGAGAUUCACUCGAUUAUCUCAGGGAGAAGAUAAAAUUAAUUACGAGUCAGGAAUGCAGGGACAUCGGUAUGGUGUGA